CCCUGGCUCAGAUUGUGGCUGCUGCCGCUCAGGUUGAUUGGCAGUGGUCGGCGGAGAGGCCUGGCGCAGGCCCAGGCCCGAAGAAAGCUGCUUAGCCCUGCCUCGGUUGCCAUGGAGACGAGCAGGAGGCGGCGGCAGCGGCGAGCAGGAGGCUGUCAGUAAGCGAGCGGGGGGACUCGGGCGCAGGCGGCCGCGGGGGGCUGCAGGAGGGGAAGGCAGCCGCCACCUCCUCCUCCUCCUGCGCCGCCGCCGCCGCCGCUGCCGCCAUGGACAUGCACUGCGACGGUGGCGAGCCCACCGCGGUCGGCGAGCCGCCGCAGCCCGCGGGCAAGCUGAACCGGACUGCCUUCAAAUUGUUUAAGCGGAGGAAAUCCGGCGGCGCCAUGCCGAGCAUCUUCGGCGUGCGGGGCGGCAAAGGCAAGAGCGGCGACGGCGGCGUCGGCGUCGGCGGGCAGGCGGGCAUGGUGCGGAGCAGGACGCACGACGGGCUGGCCGAGGCGGUGAUGGAGAGCGGCAAGAAGGAGGAAUCGGGCGGCGGCGGCGGCGGGGACGAGCAGCCGGGCGACGGGGCCAAGGAGCCUUCCUCCUCCUCCUCCUCCUCCGCGGCGGUGGGCAAGCCGCACAGCUUCUUUGCGCUCUUGCGCAGAAGCGGCGGUAAAAGCGCGCGGCCCAAAGGGCGCGGGGGGCUCAAGGGGCUCUUCAGCAGCAUGCGGUGGCCCCGCAGGGACGGCAAGCCCGGUGGCGCCGGCGCCAAGGAAGACGAGGCCGGCGAGAGCUCCGGGAGCCAGCCCAGCCCCAGCCUCCUCAUGCCCGCCUCGCUGACUGCCAGCCUGGAAUGCAUCAAAGAGGAGGCGCCGAAGCCGCCGGCCGAAGCCCCCCCAAGCUCGCCUGGCUUGAUCGACUGGGACAAACUGCUCAUCUUCCAGCCCAGCCAGGCGAUUUCCACUCUAGAGAGGGAGGACGUGGACGCCCAGGAGCCGCAGGACCCCCUGAGCAGCCCCCAGGGAGAGGAGCCCCCCAGGAUCCAGGCCAAGGAGAGGCAUCCCGAGGCGCCCCAGAGCGAUGGCCAAGAAAGCAAGCAGGACCUGGCUAUAACAGGCUGUGGGGACAUUAUUGCUGACCCGGAGGAUGAUGUGGGCAGCGCCGGUGGCAGUGGCGGAGGAGGAAGCGAGAAGAGCGCCCCUGGGGUCAGCAAGCCUGGGCCCUCCAAAAAACCUCCCAGUGUGGUGGCUUACCAAGGCGGAGGAGAAGAGAUGGCCAGUCCUGAGCAGGUGGGGGACACUUGCGCCCCGGAAUUCUGGGAUAAUUUGUCCCAAACGGAGGAGAAGUCACAGGAGACCCCAGGAGGAACAGAAUCCCUUGAGGCCUCCAACGACAGCAAAAGGGUUCAGGAUGGGUUAGCCAGUGAGAAGCACCAGGUUCCAGUUCACCACAAAGAUCAGAAGAGCCGGGAAAAGGAACAAGAGGCUGUUCCUAGUGGUGACGAGGGCUAUUGGGAUUCUACCACACCCGGGCCCGAGGAGGACAAUACUAGCAGUGCCCAGAAAGAGGUCAUUCCCAGGGACAGCUACAGUGGGGAUGCUCUUUAUGAUCUGUACACCGAUCCAGAUGAAAACACAGCUGUGGUGACUUCUGCAGACAUCGUCUCUGUGACUUGCUGCAAGCCGCUGUCUCCAGUCACCAGCACAUGCCCGGUCCGAACCCAUACGACUUCACUCAAGGAUUCCAAGAUACCCAUCAGUAUCAAACAUUUUGCGUCGCCACAUGGCAGUCAUGGUCCGGAUGCCAGUAAUAGCCAUCAUAUUGCACAUCACCAGCCCACCAAAAGUGAGAUCCCUAGAACAAAAAUCCCAGUUUCCAAAGUGCUUGUGCAACGGGCCAGUUACCGAAGUUUAGCAGGGACAACAGGUAAAACAGCCACAUAUCAUGAAAGUGCCAAAAAAUAGGAGGCAAAGGUGGGCAUGUGAGUCUUUACAGUUUGGCAUCGUUCAUGGAAGCCACCUACAUGUGCCCCUUGUAUGAAUCCAAGAGACAUGUGCUUCUAAGUCCAUCUUGAUAUAUAGUGAUAUUCAUAUAUAUAUAUAUGAAUUUAGAUUCUUUUUGAGCACUUUUUAACAUUUGUAUCCUUUCCGUCUGAAGUGCUAAACACCCGGGUGGCCACUUUUCCAUGCCUUUUGUGGAAGCAAGACUUCGAUUAGGAAUAGAGUUAAUGAUACAAAACUGGUGCCAUGAAUUCUUCAAAGGGGACGCAGCUAUGGUGGGAGAGGAAAACCAAUACAAAAUGUUUGGUUUUAUGGCCUACACUGAGAAAUGGUGUGUGUUCUAGUGUGGAAAAAUAUGUCAAGUCAAAAUAAAAAGAGCAACGGCAGCACCAGCUCUGGCAUUCAGCUUGAGCUAUAGAGAGUAAAGUUAACUAGCAGCAGAUUCAUCACUCUUGUUAAAGGUAGCUGUUUAGCAAGAGGUGAGUUUCUAUAAUGAGAUUUUUUUUUUGCCUGUCUGUUUACUUUGUAAAUAGUUAAUGAAGACAUCUAGCAAACCCUCAGAUACUUACACCAGUAUUUUUCCCCCCAGUGCAUAGAAUAAUCAGGUUCAGGGAAUCGUUUUCCCAAAUGCCAAUAAAGAGACAGCUACAAUAUUUAUACAAUAAAUUAUUGUCCAUUAUAGAUACAUAUGUUAUUUAGUGGUAUGUUUUUUAAGAAAAUAUAUUAAAAUGUCUUUCUGUAUUUACUAGAGUUUAAGCAAAAUUAGUUUUUAUAGUUAGAUAAUUUUACAGUUCUAGAUUUAUGGGCUUUCUUAAAGAACCAUAAGUUGAUGCAAAAAUCUAUAUGGGUUCUUGAUAGCCCGCCCCCCAGUCCGAUAAACAUGUCUAUUGUGCUGCUCUUAUGCUAGUGACGCAUGCGUAAUACUGGAGUUAAGGUUCGAGCGGUAUCGUUGCAAGCCCCUGUUUUCAGGCGUUCCUGAAAACAGAACCUCAGCUCAGUCUUUGUAGAGCUGCAAACUCCCCACCAACCCCCAACAAUAAUCCAUUAAAAAUUAUCUUUGCUUAUUUAAUAAGAUCAGAUUCCCACCCCCACUCCAGAUUUAGGAGCAGAGAUUAUUUUGCUGUAAUGCAUAAAAGAAAUUUGGCAAUCUGUUAGUCCAUGUCACAAUUUGUCCAUGUAAGCAGGUCUCCUUAGAAUCUUGUCCAAAUCUUCUUAACUGUGGUCUGCUCCCGGAAAAAAUGUUCUUAGGAUUGCACUGGAAAUGGUUCAGUUACCUUGAACAUGACAGGCGUUGUUAGGGGAUAUUGAGCAGUGGUCAAAGAAGCAUCAUGUGAUGUUCUAAAGAUUUGUUUUCAAGAUAGACUGAAACAGCUUAAUCGCACAAUGGUGUCAUUGUAGUUAUUUUUAAAAUGUAAACCCCCCUCCCCUGAGAACAUCACUAAGCAAAGGAGCUGUUUCAAUACAUCUGAAAAAUAGCAUAUAUUUUAAAACAGGGUUUUAAAAAAACCAAUAUAUAGAAUACCGUAAAUUUACUUAUGUAAAUCAAAAAUGUUUCAUCCUAGUUUACAUUGUUUUGUUCUUUCCCUUUGAGUUCCAGCAAGUAAACAUAAGUGUGCGAAAGGUGCAAUCCUGUACAGAGUUGCUCCAGUCUAAGCCCAUUGAUAUGAGUGGGUUUAGACUGGAGUAACUGUCCUUAGCAUUGCACUGUAAAUAUACCAAUAAAUAAGACCUUAAAAACUGCCUUGUAACUGAAGAAAAUCUCACAAAUAGGAAGACUGCAGCCUUGCAUGCAGCUGGGUUGCUUGGAUCUUGUUGAUUUAAAUGGCACUUAAACAGCCUCUGUGCGGGAUUGCAUUCAGAAUCAAAAACCAAAAUGUUUACUCACAAGACCUAAGAUCCAAAAAACUGCUUUCAGCAUCCCCAAGGGCUUGGGCAUGCCCAGUAUGAUUUCAUUUUUUAAAAAAAAAUAUUUGAGAAAUUAGCUCCUCCUUCCUGUACCAUAUCCAGACUGCUUUUGAAAAGUUCCCUCAGUUCCAAUUGCUGUGUGGCUGCUGUUCUGAAACCUGAAUUCCCCAAAUCCCCUGGACAUGCGGAACAACGUAAUGAUGUAAACAGCUCUUCAGAACCUAAUAAAGAUUUCUGCUCACAGUUUAUAGAGAGUUGUGAAAUUAGUGAUGGGCUCCUUAGAGGGCUCAAGUAGCUCCCUCUGGGCACUUCCGCACAUGCGGAAUAAUGCACUUUCAAUCCACCCUCACAAUUGUUGGCAAGUGGAUUUUGCUAUUUCACAUGGUAAAAUCCAGCUGCAAAGUACACUGAAAGUGGUUUAAACGACAUUAUUCUGCAUGUGCGAAAGGGAAGGAAAUCUGUCCUUCAUUGCAAAGUGCUUUCAAAAGGGGGAUUUUCAAAUGAGGUUUAUAUGGCCAGGUGUCAGUUAAAAAUAAAACCCACAGAAUUCACACAAGCCCUUUGAAUCGCUGCCAAUGACGUCUCUUGCUUGCAACCAUGUAGCUCAAGCCACUUCACCCUGGAGAAUAUUGGGAAUGCCAUUUUUAAACAAGCAAAAAAGCUGAGAUUGGUCCUGUCUUCCAGUAUCCCAGAGGAGGGAGCCAGGGUUGAAUGUUAGCCUUUCACUCCAUAUCCUGUCUGUGUUGUUUUUUGUUACAGCCUAUUAGAUGAAUUCUAAAUUUGCUUAGUUGAUGAUAAAUUAAUUUGAAAUCAAUGAAUCUCCCAAGUAAAACUACAUGCUUAGAAUCAAAGUGCCAACGUGCUUAAGGGUGAUUUGUGUUGAAUACUUUCUCAGAGUGUAUUUGUGGGUGGCUGUAUGUGCAUCGGUUCACACACAGACAUGUACAUAUGCAUGUAUGUUCCUAUAGACACACAUACUGUACAUGCCCACAUUUCUGCACAUGCUAAUGGGCACAUACACUUCCAUGCACAGGCUAAUCGGCCAAGGGCACUUACAGCAAAUCUUGUCAAAUCAUGUUGACUGUUGUUUAUUUUUGCCUGAGAAACAGAUUCACAGAUUCUACUUAGGUUUUUUUUGGAGAAGAUGAUUUGGGAUUGGGGGAGGGGUGGAGAUAGUGACUGUCUGAGCCUUGUGUGUUCCCAUUGAAGGAGGUGAAACUACAGCAGAUUUAACAGCUGCCUCCCUGUAGCUGUGACAUUUUGGAAGGAAAGAAUAUCUAGAACCCCAAAUUCUAUUCCUGGUCGUGUAACAAUCAGAUAUUCGCAUCUUUCCAUCUGUGAUGCUUACUCCUCUCCUUCUGCAUGCUGUCUAUGCAAAACUAUCAGCAUUUUGUUUGUUUUGUUUUGUUGAUGGAGUAAUCGUGUAAAGAAGUGGCGCAGGGAACUGAAAGUCGAUCUAUGGAGAGGAUGUUGUCAUGUGCAGGAGGAAUCGUUUACUGGUCAAAAAAGCUGUUUGUGCAUUAUCUAAAGUAGUAAGAAACACUGUUAUUGUUUGGACCGUUUUCAUUGCUCUUGGAAAUCUUCACCAUGAUGCAUUUUCUUUACCUGUAGCCUGUAUGUAUUAAGAAACACUAGAGUUAACCAUAAAUAAGCUUCCCUUACCUAAGACACACCAUUAAAAUAUUUUGUCUUUCUUUCA